UAAUAUCAAUUUUCGCGCGGAUUAUCACUUCACACAGAAAAGCUUGCCUUUUUGUUAUUCAACUACAUAAAAGUAAAGAUGAAUCGUGAAAAAAGGGAACCUGAAUACCCAGCAGAGCUGGAAUCACAGUUUAUUUUGAAACUACCCGAAGAACCCGCAAAAGCACUAAGAGACAUCGUAAAAUCUGGCGAGAACUUGAAAAAUCGCUUGAUGAUACAAAUCGACGAUGAUAUGCGAAAUGGCCAGGUUCGAUUGGAUAAUUGGCUUAUGCACGCCAAGAUAGUCGACUUGCCAACUGUUAUAGAAUCAUUAAAAACAAUCGAUAACAAAAGUUUCUACAAAACAGCUGAUAUAUGCCAGAUGAUGGUAUGUAAGACCGAGCCCGAUCAAGCGCCAGCUGAAGAAGAAUCACCGUCAAAGAAUAAGAAAAAGGAUCCAAAUAAAGUUGACAAAAAAUAUCUUUAUCCCCAUGGCAUCACUCCUCCAACAAAAAAUGCUAGGAAACGGCGUUUUCGAAAAACUUUGAAGAAGAAAUGUGCAGAAGCACCUGAGAUUGAAAAAGAAGUGAAGAGACUUCUAAGGGCUGAUAAUGAAGCAGUCAGUGUGACUUGGGAGGUUGUUGAAGAAGAGGAUGAGCACAAUAUUACAAAUGAGCAACCAGCGGCCACUCCUGUGCCUCCCAAGCCUGAUAAGAAAACUAAAUCAGAUAAAACCAAACGAGAUGUUGUACGAGAUGCUGUACCCGGCACAAGCAAAGCUGCAGAUGAAUCUUCUAAUGUGGUUGAUAUUUUUGGUGGAGCAGUCAGUGAUAGUGAGGAAGAAGAUAAUGUCAAUGCAAAAAAUGUCCAGUUGCAUAACACCCCAUUUACUGUUUAUGACAGCCACUUAGAUGAGAUUAGUACCAUGAAUGAACUUAAUGCCUUGCACUUGCACAGCAAAAUAGAAGGCCAGUUAGACAAUCUUCCUAUCGAGUUUGCCUCAGACAUAUUUGACUCUCCUUUACCACUUACUUCUGCAACUCAAAGUCGUGCUGAAACUCCAGUUGCUUCGGGUAUGUACAAGCCUAGUGCACGUUCAUCUGAAGAAGAUGCUGAAUAUAUUCCAGAACGUCCAAGAGAGAACAUGACUGAAAGGAUUGAACAACUGAAAGCUGAGGUAGAGGAGUUGAAGCAGCGAAGACUGAGAACUCGACAUGAGAUAUCUGGCAUAGAAAAUAUGGCUCUUAGGCAACGAUUCGAAGAUAUUAUACACACAUUAAAUCAAGAUAUCAUGUACAAGGAAAUGGAAUAUCAAGGACUACUAACCCUGCAAAAUUCUGAUGUUAUUUAAGUGUCUAACAUUUCCUAUAUAUUAUGUUAUUUAUAAUCUGCUCAAUGAAAAAUUUUUCUGACAUUGUAUCUAGCAUCUUUCCAUAGUUGUUGAUGUUAUUUAAAAACAUAUUUAAUCCGAGGAACUUAUAUGCACCUCGUUAUGUUCAUUAGUGAGUAUUAAAGUUUCAAUGUACUGAUAGAAACAUUUUGAAAUUUCAAUUCAAUAAUGCCUAGGAGAAUAAGUGUGGUUUUAUGUAUUUACUGUAUGUAAGUCAUUCUAUAUACCUACCUUAUUGAGACAUGUUGUAUUUAGAUUUUUUUUAAGUAGUAUAGUCAUUUUCUAU